AUGACCCAGCCGGGAACAACGACAUUUCCUGUCAGAGUCAGUCUAUCAAGCAAGUUGAUACAAACACUUUGGUCUAUUGGAAAAAGCGCCUUCUGCAAGGUGAAAUUGAGUGUGCAUGAUACUACACCUGAAGCCACGACACUUGCGCUUUGUCCAAAACCAACAACCGACUUCGAUAUCCCCAGGGUUUUACAUCAAACACAAGCCAAUGAUCGGAUCUACCUCUUUGUCAGCAGGGUACCCGGUCGAACCCUCGCCGAGGCCUGGCCUACUCUAACUGAGAAAUGGAGACAUCACUACGUGAAGACCAUCGUGCAAAACUGCGAGACUCUCUCGAACCACAAAGGACCUAUCCUCGGGGGUGUCGAUGGCAUGGGUAUAUGCGAGAACUAUCUCAUCAAGUUCCAAGCCGAGGAGAACUACCCCCAGAAUCUGCAGCAGACGUGA